AUGUCCAGGAGGAAGUCGGAGAGCAAAAGUCCUCCAGGCUUGUUGUCUACAUCUCUUCAGACACAAAUAAAAAUAGAUAAUUUUUACAGUUUCUAUGAAGUUGAAUCCAAAGAGUUGGGAAGGUAAGAAACUAUUAUGUUUUUUUGGAUUUUACUUUUGUGUCCAAGACUGAUCUGCGAUAAUACAAAUAAAAACUUUAAUAAUUUGAUUCAUUAAUCUAAGUUUUUUAGUAUAAGGUAUAGGGCAACUUCUGAAGUCUAGUUUUCUCUCCUAUCUUGCCCUAAUCCAGAGCACACCACUGCUGUUCUGGCUUCCAACCAGCACAUUCACUUUCUAUUACCUCCUGUACCUGAAAUUGAAGUGUCAGUGACCCAUUCUUUUGUAAAGCUCUACAUCUGUUUUGCUAAUAGCCUGCACGCAGGGGCCUGGUGGAAGAGCAGUUCAUGGAAUGCUUCAGUAUGAAGCAAGGGAUGUGAAUGUUAUAGCCAGUAUCAGGAUUACACCUAAGAAACCUGUCUCCUGAUAUGGAGCCACAUGGCCACAAAUCUUGCUCUGGUGGACAGUGAUGACCAUAAAUAUGUUUCUGCAGACCACUUGUCUCUGGUUGCAUAACGUGAGAGACUCAUAAGAUAUCCAUGAAUUGCAGAGAAUUUGAAGGUGGGGAAAAAACACUUCAUUCUGUGUGGGAAAAGUCAGAACCUUUCAGGUUCUUCGUCGUGUGUAAAAAAUGGGGAGGGAUCAGCCCCUCAUUUUGUGUUUGGUGUUGCCAACUUUUGGAAGCAGCAGGUGAGAUGAUAACAACUUCCAAGUGUCCCCAAAGCCAUCAUGAAGUAAGAAAUUAGCCACUCCUGACUUCUAGGACUUCUUUGUUUGUUAAAGGGUGGCUGUUGGGGAAGGGAGUAGGGCAAUUGAUAACUAUCAGUAUUGGUGGGCUACUGUCCUAGACUUUAAAACUACUAGUACUACUUGAUUUUUCUUUCUGUAAGGAUGCCCAAAUCAGUUUAAAACUGGAACUAAAAAAAAAAAAAAAAGUAACACAAGUGCAAUUAUGCUCCCACAUUACAGGAUUUUCUGUCCUUCAUUAUUGCCAGGCAAAGUGGGAAAGAAAGAGGUUGGAGAAAAUGAAAUUAGUAUUGCAGGAAUACAGUGUUAGAAAUUAGCUAGGCGCCAGGCACAUUUUGCGACUGAUGCGGGCCCAGUUGCGACCACGUGGAGAACUCUGGAUUCCAGAUUGGCAACUGGGGAAAGCAAAAUGUCACUUAGAGAAGGAACAGAAAUAUUUUAUUUGAAGCUUGAAUUUGUUUUAUUCUGGAUUGUUUGAUUUGACGUUUUAAUGUGUGGUAAACGGCUUUGAGUUUUGUUCUUUAAAAUAUAAAGUGCUAUAGAAAUGAAAUGAAAUCAUCAUCCCAUUGAAAGAAAUGGCGCCUAGACAUUCCAUUGUGGCAACCACAACCUAGGUUAAAGGUGUGAUUUGGCGAUUAAAUUUUAUAUCUGAAUUUCUAACACUGCAAAUAAUUCUACAGAUUCUUCUACACAAAAAUAUUGUGUGCAUAAGAUUCUCUUUGCUUAUUGGGAGAGUAAUUCUCUUUGUGAGAAAUAACUUGGCAGCUUUGAAGUAAAUGUCAUCUAAAAUAGAUGGCAGCCAUUGCAGAGGCUCUAGAAUUGUGUGUGCUAAAGUUCUUAAAACUCUUAAUUCACCUUCCUAUUUCAAGACAUACUCCAAAUGUAUUCUUUUUGUCUUUGCUGACCAGUUAAUGCACAUUAGUAGCUUGUUUGAGCUUUAUACUUGUGAACUAACGACUCCUUUACCUAAUUUGUGAAUCUAUGACAUUAUUGAAACACAGUGUGUUCUUUCCCUGUAGCAUUUUUAAUAUGAAAGGUAGAUGGAGCAAAAUUAGAGAGUCCAAUCCAGUGCUUAGUGAGGCAGACUUUAAUUUCAAGAAGUAAAAUUUUGAAAAUUGGAGUACUUGAGCUUAAUUAAGAGUUUGUGUGGAGAAAAUCUAAGUAGUUGUGGCAGUUAAUCUAACACUGAGUGGCUAAGUUGAUGUCACUGAAUGCUCAUGAAUGUUCCAGUUGUUCAUGGAACAAAGUUAUCAAUAUGUUUGCAGUUCAACUUUUGUGCAGACACAGAAGGUUGUUGAUCUGGCUGACUUUGAAACAUCAUUCAGGCACUAGAUAUGGGGUAGUUCUCUGAGGCAAGAUGAAAACUGGCAAUAGGUUUUAGGCAAUAGGAAAUUUUAAUGAGCCUGGUCAAGCAGAAUGGCAAUAAGGAUGAGGAAAUAUGGAUGGGAUGAAUUUCACAGUUUUAAUUGAGUCACUAAUUCAUUGUCUUUGAAUAUAAUGUUCUCUUCAUUGGAAUAUUUUCUGUUCUUGAAUUUUUAUUGGUGUAUUAUUGGGUUGGAUUAGAAGCUUUGUGACUAGAACUAUUUCCCUGCAUCUCUUGAAAGUUCUUCUCUAUUCACACAAGGUUCCAUUGUCUGAUCUUUGAUUAUGCCAUCUGUGCCAUUGCCAAUACUGCUGAGAAGGGUCUUUGACCCGCUGGAAAGGCUUUUAGGGGUGGAGAGUUGGGAGUAGGGGGCAGUUCUACUUUAGCAGCUUUUGGAGCCAAUUCAUUGUAUGUCUUGUGCUCACAUUUGGAACAUAUAUUGUAUAAUUGCUUAGUGUUAAUGAUUUGACUUCGUUAUUGAGCAGAUAGUGGCUUCAAUCUAGGAAUGUAAGGCAGCAAUUUCCACUCUGACCUGUGUUGGUUGCAAUCAACACUUUUUCUGUUCCACUGCAGUUCAGUCCUACCAAAUACAUUAUUUGUUUCACUGUCCACUUUUUAACGUAAGUUAAUGUAACUUACAUAACUAUGUAACGUAUAUUCAUUUCAAUGCAAAGGAAACAUCAGAACAAUGAAAAAACCCCUUGUAAUUAAUUACGUAUCAUUUGCGGACUUCAAAAAACAACAACAGUUUCAAUGAAUGCUAAUCAUAUUUGCUUGACUGAUUUCCAUUCCUGACUACAGAUGAAUAUGCGAACUGCAAUAAUUUUUGCCUUCUUUUCCUUUAUUGUCAGAUUUCUCCAACUUCCCUCUUGUCUGUGGCCUCCAUCCACUCAUUUUUUUUGCCAGUGUGCAUGUGCCUCAGAAACGUUUCUGGUAAAACUGGAAAAAAAAUAAAUAAAAAUCCAGAAACCCCUCAUCACUGUUAGUGAGCCAAACUAAAAUUUGGUAAUCUUCCUCCAUAGUCCUUCCAUUUCUUGAUUUUCCUCUACUGCAGUUUCAUGUGUAAGAUGUCCACACAUCAUGUAGGUAUGCUCUCAGCUGUGGCACUCAGAUGUAUCCAUCUUCCAUAUGCAUGUAGCUGGAAGCUCAAAUUGAUUGGUUUUAAAACAAGUUUGUGUUUCUGUUAUGUAUAGUCUUUGUCAUGCCUAAAGAGUGGAGAAAUAGGAUGCAGAUGAGGGCAAGGCUUUGGUGGAUGGGCAUUAGAUUAAAGGGUGACAGGCCACAAAGAGAGGAUACACGAGGCAGAAAAGUGAUUAGCUCAUACCUUUUGAACAGUUAUGAAAAGAGUUGAAAGCUUUGAGUCUCCAGAUACCAAGAUCAGUAUUUGGUCAAAUGUGUGGCAGUUCUCUAAAAAGCACCUGAAGAAAGAUAAACAUUUUGUUGUUCUCAUGAAACUGAAGUAAUUCCUCCUUUUGUAGAAUGCUAGUCAGCUUCCUCAUAGUAAGUUUGCAUCAUGCUGGGUGAGGCAAUAAUAAUUGCUUGAUGUAUAUUCAGGCUUUAUUGUGUUACAGAGUUUGGUUGACUCACUUUCAGCAAUGCAGUUUCAUUUGACAAAACACCUUGAAAUUACAGGUGAAAUUUCUAAUACUGUAUAUGUUUCUUGCGGGUCAGUUUUUAAUGUUUGCAUUUCAUUGGAGAAUUCAAAUACUAAUUUAGGAAUGAGGCACCCUGUUGUCUUGUAUUUCAUUAUUAAUUACUAGAUAAAUUAUUUCCUUAACUGCUUUAUACUGGGGGUCCUAUGGGAAUUGCUCAAUUUCAUUUUUUAAAGGAAGCAAAACAGCUUUCUGCCAGGUUCUAAGAGUUGCACAUCAUUUUAAGUGUGGGCAGAUGCGUGUUAACUAAUCUCUAAAGAUCUUAGAUGAAUCUUUCUUUCUGUACUUUGAAGAGCCUUGAAAGAAGUUAUGAUUCACUCCUUCGUCCCCCCCACCAUGAUAGUAACAUAUUUUAGACUCUUAAAUAUUUUGUUUCUAGUAGCUGCAGAAUUUCCAAAUGAAAAUGCACACUUAAAGCUGCCUACCUCUGAGUCUUUUUAAAAAAGUAGCUGCUUGAUAUUCAUCCCCAUAUUUACAGUUAGUGAAAGCUUGUAGUGUUCUUAGUCACUGGCCUCCAAAUCUGGACAUUUUCCUGAAGUUGCUUACAAGCCCUUGAUUUAAAAAGUUGUUAAUAAGAAAGGGCUCAGAACAGGGACAUUUUCAAAGUAUAUUUUUAUGUGAUGUCAUAAAAAAUGAUUGAAACAAAAUUAAAUUAAAAAAUUAAAAAAUUCAUUCCAGUAGCACCUUAGAGACCAAUAACUAACUUAGUUGGUCUCUAAAGUGAUACUGGAAGUAUUUAUUUAUUUUAUUUAUUUAUUUUGUUUCGACUACGGCAGACCAACAUGGCUAUCUACCUGUAAAUAAAAAAAUGAUGUUCACGUGCCUGGAAUAAUGGUUGAAGAGAAGUUCUGAAAAUUUUACUUUAGAAUAAAAAGCAUUUUAGGCAUAUCCAGUACAGUGGUACCUCAGGUUACAUACGCUUCAGGUUACGUACGCUUCAGGUUACAGACUCCGCUAACCCAGAAAUAGUACCUCGGGUUAAGAACUUUGCUUCAGGAUGAGAACAGAAAUCGUGCUCCGACGGCACGGAAGCAGCAGGAGGCCCCAUUAGCUAAAGUGGUGCUUGAGGUUAAGAACAGUUUCAGGUUAAGUACGGACCUCCGGAACGAAUUAAGUACUUAACCCGAGGUACCACUGUACACAUGUUUUACUUCUGUAACUUCAAGCACUUUAAAGACCUGAUUCUGUUCUUCGUUUUAUAUUAAACUUUUCACUUAUUGUAUUUCUGGGCACUCAUGUAAACAUUAACACUAAAAUCAUAAUCCUGGUUUUCAGGCAUUCCUAACUUGGCCAAGGGAACACAUUUUUCUUUACUUCCUAAAAGGUCAGCUUCAUUUUUAAGCAGUAUGUGGUUUUCUUCUAAAAACACAAUCUUACCAACAUACAUUUUUGGUUCUAAAGUUAAACAGUUGGUAAGAGAUGAGAUUUACAUGACUUGUUUCUUGCUAGCAAUUGAGAAUGGGCUUUUGCGUGGAGGCCUUAGGCUGUACUUUGUUUUACCAUGAACACAUUGUUUUAAUUUGACUAGCUCUUUAAUUUCCCUGUGCCUCAAUUUAUCUGUCCAGUUAUUCCUGAUGUUAAAUGUUCUCAUUCACACACAACUCUUUCAAAACCUUUACACUGGCUAUGAGUGCCCAGCAGCAGACAUUUUAGAUCUUCUCCACCUUCAAAAUGUGAACUGUGUUUUUUCUCUGCACUUUUUAAGAACACUUUUUAAAAAGUGAUGCAAUCUACCUUAUACCAAGUCACAAGUCACAACACCCCUUUGAAAGCCAGGAAUGUAGUAACCUCUCUCAAAUUCAAAGUACUUGAUUUGGCCCAAACUCAGCUAAGCAGCAUAGCCGGUGUGUUGUCGCAGUACUGUGGCACCUUAAGGUUAAAGCUUUACACUUUGUUAAGAGGAGACAUUAUCCCCGCAAAUUGAAAAUCUGAGCAUAUGUUUAAGCAAAAUGUGUUUUAAAACAUCCUUUUAAAAACCUGAAACCAGUUCCUGAAGGAGUUCUUGCCAAACCCCCCCCCCCAACAACCUCUUAAACUCUUCUAAGAAGAAGCAUUUCAGAGAUCUUUAAAAAACAGAACCAUGUUCUUACCUGCACUGUGUAUUAAAUACGCUUGCCAGCACUGUGGUGAAGUGAAGCUUUUUAAAAUGCAUUUGCAACACUUUAAAUGGCCUUUUAUCCUAGGAUCUUAAAUACAGAAGUAUCUUUUAUGUGCAGGUAACUUACAACUUUUGCACAUUUAACUUGGGCGUAUUCAACUUUAUAUUCUUUGCAAAAAAAAUACUAAAAAUUUAAGUGAAGGUGGAAAGGCGGAAGGUAUCAGGGGGGAAAUGUGUCUUGAUUAUGCACAAUUUUGGUUUAUGUGUUAACCCUGAAAUAUAACCCCUGCAUAAGAUGAGAGUCACCUGUACCUGGUAAAUUGCAUUUGCAGAGUAUUUUCAAUCUUUAAAAUGGCAGUUGUAAGCAUCUUAAUACAUUUUAGUGCGAGUUUUGUCUUAAGUUCUUAACUAAGAAUAUUUGAUUAAAAAACCCUGUGUAAUGUAGUAAUCUCCUAAUUGGUAUUGGGUAUCCAAGUAUAUUUAUCUUGGAGGUUGAAGGCUGCAAACUUGCAUGUAGUAAGGCUGCUUAAAUUCCAUUUACAUCAGGCAACCUGACUUCAUACAGAUUUGUGGCCUUAAAACGAGUUAGCCCUUCCUCACACUCAAAAUAGUGAAACCCAAAUUUUGCGUAUAGACUGAUAUGUGCAAGAGGAACUUUUCUUAUUUAAUAAUGGUCUGCUGCUGGGAUUCAAGUUUGCAAAGGUUUGGAGUGAAGCAGGAUAAAGGAAAUGCAGUGUUGCAUGAGAAAUCAGGGUACAGAUAAUUGUAGCUAUGGUAGAGGUAAGGUCAGGAGAUGCUCCAGCCACUGAAGCCUUAUGUCUGGAUUGCAGAAAACUUUGCCCAGAGCUCUAUUUUUGCUUUUCAAGUCUUCAGUAGGUCUAGAUAAUGAUAAGACUGCAAAAACCAUAACUGCAAAAAAUACACACAUUCUUGUUUGCAGUAAGCUAAAGUUGUGAUGUUGACAUAACUCUUAAAAUAUUUCCAUAUUCUUGUGUCUCUUCGGCAGCUCUUAUACUUCACAAAUACUUUUGUCCUUUUACAGAGGAAAAUUUGCUGUGGUGAGAAAAUGUAUUGCAAAAUCUACAGGCCAGGAAUAUGCAGCAAAGUUUCUGAAGAAGAGAAGAAGAGGCCAAGACUGCAAAGCAGAGAUCCUACAUGAAAUUGCUGUUCUAGAAUUAACAAAGCUGAGUCCCCGUGUGGUAAAUCUCCAUGAAGUCUAUGAAACAACAAAUGAAAUCAUUCUGGUAUUGGAAUAGUAAGUAUGCUUUGUGCCAGUAUGUUUGAUUAUAGAUCUAUUGAUUUUGUCAUUGUUUGCAUAAGUUCACCAAACAUAACCAGAAAGGUAAUAUUAGAGAAUACGUACAGUGUACUUUCUGUUGUGUUUGGCUCUUCUAGGUUUUGGAUCUUAAUCCUUUGUUAAAAUGAACCUUCUAUCAGUGGCACUAUUAUCAUUGACCUUCUAUAUUAUGUUUUCUGUUGUAGGCAUGGCAGAUCUCUGGGUUCUUUCCAACUGAGGCAUACUCAGAGUGGACUCAUUGUAAUUGGUGCACUUAAGUUAGUCACAACUAUGAAGAAAAUGCAGUAUUAAAAAUAAAAACAAUAUAAGAAACCACAAAAGGGGCGGGGGGGGGUAAAAAUAUUCAUGUUUAUUGUAACAUUGGAUUUGUAUUGUUAAAAUAUUCUUUUAAAAACUGAUGUGUGUGUGUGUGUGUGUGUGUGUGUGUGUGUUUUAUAACUGACUUAGUCCCACUGAAAUCAGUUUAGCUGUCCUCAUUUCCACUUUGUUGGAUACAACCAACUGUCUUUUUAAGCUUUCGGGGGAAACUUAAAUAAAAUAGAACUUAAUCUGUAGUGCAUGCAUGGUCCUUCCGUAGGUUGAUUCUUAGCACUGUACCUUGUAGAAUGGCUAAGGAUAGAAUAGCUGCCUGUUCCCUAGGUGAUUCUUGAGUUCCCCAUUUAUGUCAGAUGGUUCUUAUUGAUAUAUUUACAUUUGAAUUGUAUAUUACACAACCAAUUAAGAAAUAUCCCAAGAAUUUUUUCCUGAGCUAUUUUCUCAUUCUCCCAUGUACUUCAACUGCUGUAAGAAGAUAGUGCAAGACUGUUUAACAGUGAUCAGACUUGUUUUGUUUGAUUAAAUACAUUAUUCCAAUGAUCAAAACUCCCUUUGUUCUAGGAACAUUUUGCGACAGGGAAUUUCAUUAGCUCAAGCAGUUUCUGAAUUCUGGGCACAGUACUACGCCUAAGAUUUCAGAUUGAAACUGCAGAGUGGAAGGAGAGGAGGACCUUUUUCUGCCUCCUGACCUCCUUAAGAAUAUUAGGGGGGUGGGCAGGGGAAGGACUAGACCAUGUGAAAAUGAACAUAAUAUUUUUGCUGCAGUUCAUUCAUUUUCAGCUUUGUAUUGUAAUAAAAAAUUGUGCCUAGACAUUCCGUUGUUGCGCCCAUAACCUUGGUUUAAGGUGCCAUUUAGCUCCUAGCUUUCACAUCUCAGUUUCUAACACAGCAUUCUUCUACACAAACAAAUAAUUCAGUUUUCUCCUCCCCCUCCCUGCAAUUGUCCUAAAUCGCACACACCAGUAUCUAUUUGCAAGGGAUAUUGAUGCACCAUCCAUUUCUUUAUACCUGAGAUGACUAUACACAACUAUUUAUACCAGUAGUGAUAUAAAUUAUUUGGGAUAGUCAUUACUUGUUUUGCUUACCAAAGCUGCUGCUCCUAUCUCCACUUGCUAGUACCUACGUCCACAACUGUAUUCCAAAUGCUGUCUCGGGCCUAUAAAGAGCCCUGCAUUAUUAUUUAUAGUUAUAGUCAGAAUAACAAGAUACGACAUGGGUAUUGUAGUACACUUUUUGGUAUAAACAAGCUCUUUCUUAAUUAAAUGUUCAUGUAGGAUUGAUUGCAUUAUCAGACUGGAUACAAUGUAUCUGUGGUUAUUUUUUUGGCACUGCCCUUCCUUUAUGAGACAUUAAUGUAUCAUGUAGUCUAUUAAACAGUCUUUAUAUAAACUUACUGAUUAGUUAACUCAAUUUUUAUUUCUUCAUUGUUCAAUCAAGCUUUUUAUAUUAAUAAUCUUAAUAUGCAGAUUUCAGCAGAAUACAUUUGAGCUUUAGAUUAAUUUAAAAUAAUGGAAUGUUAUGAAAUAUCAGCUUCAACAAGUUUCAAAAUGAGAGUCAGUUGCAAGUUGCUGUCCUCAGUGAUCCAAAGAACCAGGGUUUUUUUUAAUUAUCAAGGUAACUGUCAUCUUUGCACUUCUUAUUAAUGUCAGCUUGACCAGUUCUCUGACAAUGUUGCAUUCUUGUUAUUCAACUGUUCAGCGUUGGCACUUCUCAACAUUCCCACUUAAGUGUAAUUUCCAUUUUUGCAGCACUUAAUAAGUACAGCAUUAACUCUGUGUCAGAUUUGUUUGAGAUAAAUCUGUUGUAACUAUAGUUUCAUGGUAGCUAAAACUUUUAGUGUCUUGUCCUUGUGUGCUGUUGCUAUUUUUUAAACCAAACAUUAAUUUUAAAAAAUCAUAACCUUUGUUAAAUAUAAUAGAUGCUUUUGUGUAAAUGCUGGGAUUAUAUCUAAUUUGCCAGUGAGGCUAUAGAAGAUUUAUUGUGAGAGGGUCUUCAACUGAAAAAGGACACCAUCUGAAAGAGAUGACAGCUUAGAUAUCGAGAGUGCUAGAUAGUGUCAGUGGACAUUUGUUGAGUUGCUUUCUGCCACAGAGGAAGGCAACAUUCCUGAAUCACUGUUGCUAGAUAGGCCAGUGGCUGCUGAAUAUACGACCAACAGCAACUUCAGAAUAUGCAGCUUAACUUCUUUGAGUUACAUAGAAACCUUGCUGUCCUAGUAGACCACUGUAAAACUUGUAGCUGUAGUCAUCUGAAAUGUCGUUAUCCUAGAUUACUAUGUACAGGGCAACUUGAUGAAGCUUUGAGGCAUCCUUCCAAAGUCCAUUGGGAUAAGGAGUAACUCCUGUGCAGCAGAACUCUCCUCUUGAUUUACCUUAGCACGUUUUCUUGCAUAGAAGUUAUAAUCUGGUAAUAGUUUCUUUUGAUCAGGAUGGGAAAUAGAUGUGGAAGAAGUAUUUGGGCCGCUAAUAGCUUGUGUUGCUGGUCUUUUUGAAAAUAGGCCCAUCAAUCCAACAAAACAAGAAAAAGAAAUCGUUCUUUUGGUGUAGAGGCUUCUGCAAGUAUAUUACUGUUUUAAAAUGGAACAGCUUUGGAGUAGUGACAUGGAGGGUAGUUUAUGCCUGUAUACAAUGAGCGAUGGUGUUGAAGAGACAGCCUUCAGCUGUUGGAUUUGUAUCCAUGCAAGAACAGCCACCUCAUUGCUGUUCUUUGACCCAUGACGAGAGCUGUGUAAAUGGAGAUGAACUGUUGUCUAUCCUCUUAUAUGGAUUGGUCAAGUAACAGUCACAGAAGAAAGCAAAAUUAUGCUUUGUCCUCAAGCUUGCUUGAAGUAUAAUUUGAUACCAAAUUUACAAGAGGAGGUUGCCAGUGUGGGUGAGCAGGCAUGUGUGGAAAGGCACCCUCUCCAAUGUUUGAGUGCAUGUGAUUACUUGCUCCAGCGCAGGGAGCUACAGUUGGAUCAAGAAAUUACAAAACAGUGUGUGUGUGUUCACACAAGGGGAUCGUGGGUUGCAGUGGAAGACAUGCCAGAGCAGCGGCUGUGUUUCGGGCAUACAUUUUGUUUUCAUCUUGCUUUUGUUUUCAUCUUGCUUCUGAAAGACACUUUGUGUGUGUGUGUGUGUGUGUGUGUGUGAGAGAGAGAGAGAGAGAGAGAGAGAGAGAGAGAGAAAGAAAUAUAACUUAAUAUGAUUGCUUCAGGGAAGGUAUGUAACUGGAGUGCCAAAAUCAAAAUGCAUUCCAGAAAAAAAAGGCAAGAGCUACAUUUUUAGCAUUUCUUGAAAGGUUGUGGUGAACGAGUAUUAUAUAGUAGUUGAAAACUACUUUUUUAGAAACUUAGGUGAAAAGUAGUCCAGGACAAAGUGUUUUGAGUCCCUCUUAAGGGGCUGUUCCUAGAAAGUUCACAGAAAACAAAGCUGUCUUAAUGUUGAGCAACAUAGAAGGUUUUCAGGAUUGUUGAUUGUUUUUCUAGUUGGUUUAAAAGACUUCUUGGAUACUUUAGAAAAAAAUAUCCAUUUCCUUUGCUGUCAGUAACAUGCUGUGCUGAGAUUUAAGUUUCCACUAAAACCUUUUUCUUUGUUUUCUGGUAUCUGCUGGUGUUCUGGAAAUAAAUGCCAUUUCACUGACCUCACAAAUAUGAAGCUUGCAAAUGAUUUUGCCUUCUACAUCACAUCCUCACUGCUUAUUUUUUGACUAUCCCUACAAAAGUUCAUGUUGGAGCAACAGAAAAUCCCAAGCUUGAGCAUUUUACUUUCCCCUCCAUCUCUACAAUUGUCAUUUCAGUCCAAUUAAAUAUGAAUUUGUACCAAACUCUUUGAAACUAUAAGGCAAUAGAACUGGAGUUUACUUUCCAACUGAGACUGCCCUCUGUGAUGAGGUCAUUUAGAGAGUAAGAUGUUAAAAAUGAGUGUGUUUGUUUAUAUUUUUUUUAGUGCUGCUGGAGGAGAAAUCUUUAAUUUAUGUCUCCCUGACCUAGAAGAAGCAAUAGAUGAAACUGAUAUUGUUAGACUUAUACGACAAAUACUUGAGGGCAUUUGUCAUCUGCAUCAGAACAACAUUGUCCAUCUUGAUUUAAAGGUAACUAUACAUAUGAGUGUUAAAUAAUGUAUUUCUUUCUGCACUUUUAUUGAUGCUGUAGGAUAUAAAUUCAUAAAUAUAUUGAUCUGUAUCUUGAUAACUCCUUAACAUUUCAAAUUGGCCUUUUAGGCUUUUAUAAAAAUGCUUUGAUUUGUUGGUAAGAAACUACUGGCCUCCUGAAUUGGUGAUAUGCCAAUUUCAGUAGGAUUAGAGUAGUUUAAAACUAUGAAUUAAUCUUAAAUUAAUAUUCUUAAUAUGUGGUGAAUUGUGCAUGCACUGAACAUUUUUUGUUUCUUUGUUGUAGCCCCAGAAUAUUUUAUUGAGUAGUGUAUGUCCCCUUGGCGAUAUAAAAAUUGUUGAUUUUGGCAUGUCUCGGAAGAUUGGCAAUUGCAUUGAACUACGGGAAAUUGUUGGGACUCCCGAGUAUCAAGGUAUGUCACUGUGCACACACGCUCUUUGAAUGCUUCUAUGUAUUUUCACAUAUGGUAGAACUACUCAACAUUAGAGAGGUACCUGCAAUUUUGAUAUUUUAUCACCUGCUGAAAAUGUUUUUAGAGAAUUAAUUUGAUUCAUGAUUUUACAAUGUUUUAAUGAUUUUAUUGAAUGCCAGCCUUUACAUUUUUUUAUGAGGUAGUGGUUUAUGAAUAUCCUUACAAAUAAAAUAAAAAUAAAAUAAAACUGGUAUUGGGUAAUCAGCCCCUGACACAGGACUAGUAAAAAUAAUGGAGUCAUUGUUGUUCUACAUAUAAGCCGUAGAGGAAAUUUCCUCUUCAGUUUUCUCCCAGUCACUGGUUAGGAAACAUGAAUUGUCUCAAGUUGAAAAGUAUAACUUUAAAGAAAUAAAUGUAUACUGGUCUCCGGAAUGUAAAUGGGUUACUUUGAGAUUAGUGUAUGUACUUUGUAGCAACUUCAACAAAAGGAUGGCUUGAUUGUGCCGGUUCACUCCUGCAUUCCUCUGCAUCUAGAACUAAAUACACCAGCAAGGACUGUGUGGACCAUUCCGUAGAUGUUGAAGAGGAAGCUCUCUCUUUUUUCAGUCAUACAAACCUAUAAUUUUAAAAUGAUGCCCAAAUUCAGAUAAUUGUCAUGAGUAUACUAGAACACAAUUGCUGUACUUCAUGGUACUCUUCCUUUCCCCUCUGUCCAGCACCAGAAGUCUUAAAUUAUGAACCUAUUACUCCAGCAACAGAUAUAUGGUAAGAUCACUUCUUUUGAAGUUAAAACAACUGUAAAGACUAUCUAGUUCUUAUAUAUUAGCUACUAUAUCAUUUCAGUUUAAAUUUCUGGAAACUGCUUUUCACAUACAGUGGUACCUCGGGUUAAGUAAUUCGUUCCAGAGGUCCAUUCUUAACCUGAAAAUGUUCUUAACCUGAAGCUAAUGGGGCCUCCUGCUGCUGCCGCGCCGCCAAAGCACGAUUUCUGUUCUCAUCCUGAAGCAAAGCUCUUAACCUGAAGCACUAUUUUUGGGUUAGCGGAGUCUGUAACCUGAAGCGUAUGUAACCCGAGGUACCACUGUAAUGCCUUUGUUGGCCAUUCAUUUGUUAUUUGUGACUAUAGGGAACAAGUUAUAGUCAUGGUGACCUAAAGCGGGGGUUUCGAUAUGGUGCUCAUGAGCCCCAAUGCCGGGGCCUUUCUCCCUGCCCUCUGCCUCUGCACAAACUUUGAAAUAUGCCUCCCAUCCAUCUGGUUGAACCCCCUUCCCGUCUUAAUUCAAGAGGAGGCAGCAGUCUAUAGUGGAUAUAUUUGUGAUGAAUAGAAAGGUGAGAAGUGUGUGAAAAAGAAGCAGCAUGUGGUGGUGGUGGAGCAAGGACAUUUGGCUUCUUUUUGAGACGAUGGCCAAGGGAUAGGGGCGUUCCUGUCCAGCAGCCAGCACCUAGGAGCAGGGCCACCUGGCUCUCUCUACCACCCCUGAUGCCCCUAUAGGAAGGGGAUGGAAAUCUCUUCUGGAAUUCUUUACCCCAAAGCCCUAUGGAAGGGGAUAGAGCACCCAAAAAACAGUGAGGUACAGGCUUUCCAUUUCUCUCUCCCUCCCCCACCAAGUAUUUAAUAUUCUGUGUGAAGGCAUAAGCACCAGGUGAGGGCACAUUUCUGAUUCUACUGUAUAGGCUCAAUCCUCUUGGUAGAUUCAACUUAUCCUAUAAUCAGCUGCUUUUAUACCACACCUUUUCAUUCUGAUGGUGGUUUGAGGAUAUGCCUUGUAAAAUCCAUGAAGAUCUGUGACUUAGAUCUAUGGGUUUCUUUGUCCCAGGGUAGUGCUGGUAAGUGCUUGAUUAACGUUUACCAUGUAAGGCAUGGAUCCUUACGAUUUUUGCAAGUUAUCCCCUCAUGGUUCUAGUUACAGGUUGGCAGCCGUGUUGGUCUGCCACAGUCGAAACAAAAUAAAAAAAUUCCUUCCAGUAGCACCUUAGAGACCAACUAAGCUAUUGGUAUGAGCUUUUGUGUGCAUGCACACUUCUUCAGAUAGUACUCAUGGUGGUACUGAAGAGUCCUGGAUCUGCAAUUUUUACAAUUAAGGCUAUGGAGACAGAUGUGACUUGCAGUUUGACGGUGGCCUGGGGAAAAUCUUGUAUAAAAAUCAUGCAAAAAUAAGAGGAUGCAUUUUUAAUUACACUUACAUUCUAUUUCUAUGCCCUGUGGUGGCCAUUUUGUCACUUGUUGCCACAGCACUUUUUCAGAAUUCUACAACUAACAGCCCAAAAAGUAAAUUGGUUGUUAGUUGAGGUGAAUAUGAAAAGGAGCAAGUGAUUAAUAGCAAACCUGGGAUCAGACAAGGUUUCCUAUUACACCUUUAUUUUCAGAAUGUAUAAGGCUUCAGUGGAAAGGCUCUUAUAAGCUUUUAUUGCUUAUAUAUUGUUGACCUUAGAUGACCAAGCACCAUUUAUGAUUUGAUGGACUACCAGCCUUGGCUUCAUAAGCUAAGGAAGUAAUUAGAUUUUGUUUGUUUCUUUUUUAAACAUAUCCUGUGGUGGUGUUCGUCUUUGCUUUCACUGCUUUCCAGCAUAUGCCAGAAAUAGAAUCUCUUUGCCAAUGUUUGCUGUUUCUAUUUCAGUUUCUGAUUAUCUCAUUACCACUGUUACAGUUACGCAAACUUCUGAAUUCUUAACCGUGCCCACUGGCUUCAUUUUUUGUUAAACUGAAAAUCUGUUGAUCCAUUAAAUGUGCAGCCUGAUCUAGAGUUUUGGAUGUUCAUAUUGGAGCUCUAAGCAAAUACAAGUGCCCAGUUCAUUUGUAUGGCAUGCCCUAAAUACUGUGCUGAAAGGCAAAGUCUUCUCACUGAGAGAGUAUCAUCCAUUUGAUAUCUAUCAUAGUGCAAGAAGUGCAAUGAAAUGUUUAUGAGCUUGUCUCCAUUUGGGUCUCCUGAGAAUUGGAUUGUGGCAUUAGCACAAUGUACGCCUGCCAGGAUUUGUAGAGUCCUUGUGGAGAGAAUCUUCCUGCUUAUAUUUUGAUAACAAGCAGGUUGCUUGCCGGUGUCCUGUUGUUAAAUAUUUUGAUUGAUAUGUUGGUGACAAGUAUAGUUGUAAAAAUAGGCAAAUACUUUGCCUUCUGCCCUUCUGUGUUGAAAAUGGAACAGUUCAGUGUGUAAGAAGUACACUUGUUCUAUGUCAUGAAACUAAGCUGAUUAUAUGAAUGCCUCUAGUUUACCUGUAAUGACUUUCUACAAAUUUUGAUUUAUAGAUCUAGAUAGAGAUAGAUAACUGAAAAGUUAAAAAGAAAAAUCUGGCUUGGUAUGUGUAAUUACAAACAAACAUUUCAAUAUUAAAUACAUAACUUCUCUAAUUUCAGGAGUUUGGGUGUGAUCUCUUAUAUGCUGCUUACACACGAAUCUCCUUUUGUGGGAGCUGACAAACAAGAAACGUACCUCAAUAUUUCUCAAGUAAAUGUGGAUUAUUCAGAAGAAACAUUUGCUUCAAUUUCACCAUUGGCCAGAGACUUCAUUCAAAUGCUACUUGUUAAAAAUCCUGAGUAAGUAGAUGAUUUGGAGCAGGGCAGAGGAAGAAAACUUAAGCGGAAUCUCUGUCUUGCUGUAACAUAAAUAUAGUUGCAAGGGGCUUAGUCAUAUGAAAAGGCUAUUUUUUGCAUGUCUGUGUAUCACAAGCUUAAUUUCAAAUUAAAAACCAUUUUAUUUACUCAGAGUUCUCUUCCUCUUUUGUAAGAACUGCAUUGUAUAACCUGACACACUGCAGUGGCACAGAAAUUAUGGGUCUAGAAUUGGGGUGAAUCUUUGUGUAUUUUCCAUCAGAAAUACUUCCCUAUAUGCUUGGCUUUAUAAUGCCAAAGAGCAACUAGCAGUAUUUGACUCUGGGUUGUAUCCAGCUAAAUUCUAUUUGGAGCAGGCGCAUUAAAAUUAAUGGACCUAAAUUAGUCAUGUCCAUUAAUUCCAAUGGGUCUGUUGUGAGCAUGACUAACAUUAGGGACAACCCUCUGUGUUUGUUAAUACUUUCUAUAUAACCCUCUGAGAUGGUGGACCAGGGCUUUCUCUAGUGCAGGAUGCGGAACAGGAUCUGUUCCUUGUGGGGCACUUUCAGAGGUGGCCAAGGCUUUCCACCUCUCCAUCAUGACCCAACUUUGAAGGAAAGAAUCAGGAGUGCACCAUAAGUGUGCUCCCAGUUCUUUCAUUUCUUCCUUUGCAGGCCAGCUUUAUUCCAUUUAUGCCAAUCAAGUGAUUUCUGACUGCAAAAUCUAAUUUUAACAGGGAUCAGCUGCAUCUGGGGGCUCCCAAAUGGAACCAAUCCCAGUGGGGUUUGCAUUUGGCACUAAAUUUUAAAAGUGACAAAUGCGAGCAUCUCUUUCUAGGGAACAAUCGGGAUGUCAGGUGUGGAGCAGGUGGACAUGGCUUGUGGGCCAAAUAACCCUGCUGAGCAUAAUUUGACCCACAGGCCGGUGGUUUCCCACUCCUGCUUUUAAGGUAUGGAAUUGAACAGCUGUAGCCAUUUCAGCAAGCUGCAAAGCCUUUCACUCCAUCUCCCCAUGAAAAUGUAUUGUGCUUCUACAAUUUCUCCAAGCAGUGAAGAGUUGUGUUAGUUGGCUGGCUCCCUUUAAUGUUGCAGCCAUAAUCCUUGUUAGUUUGUGUGUUUAUGUGCACAGAAUAGUAUCAGUGGUAUAAGAAAGGGAAGGCAGACUGAGGAAGGAAACCUUUUCAUUUUGCCUUCCUUUGCCUUUUCUGUCCAUUCUUGCCUGCACUGAACAGCCGCCUUCCCACUGCUUGAAAUACAUAUUGAUGGCAAAUAGAGGAAGAGCAAGCUAUAGACACUUAAACCAAAAAGAUUUUGUCUUUCCUUGUGAUGAGAAUUGGUGGGGUCAGUGAGAGAAGUUACAAGAGGGCAAGUUAUGAAGUGUAUGCUGUGUGGGGACGAUAAGCUUGCCCAUCUCUUCCUCCCUGUGGAUCUCUGCCAAAUCUAGUUGAUUAGGGAUAUAGUUUUGUUUGAAGGCAGUAAGGCUAUUCCAGCAUCAGGUAGUAUUUAACCCUUCUUUCACUGGCUAAGCUGUUGCUUUCAAAUGACCUCCAUGUCUUAAAUGUAUAUCUUUUGAUUUUUAUUUUGAAGAGAGCGACCAACAGCAGAGGCCUGUCUGUCUCACUCCUGGCUUCAGCAAAGAGAUUUCUUCCUGUUGUACAGCCCUGAAGAAAGCCCCAGUUCUUCUCCAACACAUGAUCAUAUGAAUAAGGGCACAGAAGAAAGAAAUACCAAUAAGUGCAUGUGUAAUGGAAUGUGCAGCGAGCGAGAGGAUAAAGAGAAUAUUCCAGAAGACAGCAGUACAGUCUCCAAACGAUUUCGCUUUGAUGAUUCUCUCCAGUACCCCCAAGAAUUCACAACAGACUUUGUAUGCUAA